UGACUGCUCAAACGGCCUCUACUAAUCUCCCCAGGCCUGACUCCCCCGUAUGUGCCAAUCAGUUUGAUGCAGGGCGGCUGAGCAAAACUUCUACGAAUAAACUCAACGCCUGGAAAGAUUACAACGAGUUGGUGGAAAGCGCAGAGCAGCCAGUGAGGCAUUAGGUUGACAUUCACUGCCAUACCUCAUUCGACGGCGUUUGAUUGGAUAGCCUUGACAAAAGGAUCCUAAGAUCACCAAGUGCCUAGUCCAGAUAACCUUGAAUUAGGAUUUACUGAACUACUGAAAAUGGAGAUGAAUCCAACAGAAGAAGAAAAUGAAAAUCUGAAUGAAGCAAGGAACAAAGAAUCACAACAAUGUUGUGUGUGGUGUCAGAAGAUGCACACCUUGGUGUCUAAUUGGAUGCUCCCUGAAGACAUGAGAAGUCGCUAUUUGGAAAGGGCAACUUGCUUUCCUCCACCGAUCUUCAUUAUCUCGAUAAGUUUGGCUGAGCUGGCUAUUUUUAUUUACUACGCAGUCUGGAAGCCUCAGAAGCAAUGGAUUACCUUGGACACAGGGAUAUUGGAAAGUCCAUUCAUAUAUAGGCCAGACAAGAGACAGGAAGCUUGGAGAUUUGUUUCGUACAUGCUCGUGCAUGCUGGUGUCCAGCACAUUAUAGGGAACCUAGUUAUGCAACUUAUUCUGGGAAUUCCAUUAGAGUUGGUUCACAAAGGUCAUCGGGUUGGGCUGGUCUAUCUUGCAGGGGUAAUUGCAGGCUCAUUGGCCAGCUCAAUAUUUGAUCCAAUGCUUCAAUUGGUUGGAGCUUCAGGUGGAGGCUAUGCUCUAAUGGGAGGCUACUUUAUGAAUGCGUUAGUGAACUUUAGACAAAUGGUGCCACUAUUUGGUGUUUUCAGAUUAGCUUUUAUUCUGAUCAUAGUGGGUACUGAUAUGGGGUUUGCCUUAUACAGAAGGUUCCUUGUUGGAGGAGAUGGUUUGCGUGUAUCAUUUGUGGCUCACAUUGCAGGCGGUCUAGCUGGAAUGACCAUCGGCUAUGUGGUUUUCAGCUGCUACAAUCAGAAACUCUUAAAGGAUCCCAGAUUUUGGGCUUCAAUAUUAGCAUAUGUUUCAUGUGUAGUGUUUGCCAUCAUUUUCAACAUCUUCCUGUCUCCUGCUACUUAAACAAUAGAGCCGGAAUAGCUUGGUCAUAUGCUUUUUAAAAUGUACAGUAAGGCAGACAGAUUAUUCAUCAAAUGGUCAUGACAAGGAACACCUUGUCGCUCCUGAAGGGCUGUGGAACAAACAUUUCCGCAAACAAUGUAGUGAUUUAUUUUUUGCCCUUUAACGCUGGCAGUGUUUGCAGAGUUGACUUUAAUGAAUCAUCAUCUCUUAACAACUUGUGCUUUGUCUUGAAUAUAGAGAAAGAGAAGAAUAUAUAGAGAAUUGAUGGCCUUUUUUGAUAAAUUACAUAGUACAAUGUUAUAAUAUGCGACCUUCUUACAGUCCUUUUUUUUGUUAUGUUGAAGUAUUGUAAAGUUUUAUUGAUUCCAGUGCUGAAAUUACAAUCUUUAGUGUACUUACGUGUUCACAUUUUUGAAUGGAUGAGCAGCAGACUGAAUAACACACCCCAGGCAUGAUUUUCAUUCCCAAGUUAGAUAUGAAAGAGAAUCUAGCUCAGCAAAUCCCACCUUUCAAAAUGGCCAUAAUUCUGAUGUUCAGUCCAGGGAGUUGGAUGGAUUGGGAGUUGCACUGAGUGACCGAGGUGAAUCUAAGAAGCUGUGUUGCUUUAUUCCCAUCUCCUCCUCAUCAUGGCUCCUCAUACCCCUUGUGCCAUUCAAUGCCUAUCUAUCCAUCUCUCAAAGCUGGUAAACUGUGUUCAUUAACACACUCCCUUUUUGACCUUAUAUUGCCCCUACGCCAUCCUAUUCUCAUCUAUCCAUCUCCCACAGUCUCUUCAAGUUUAUGUGCCCCCAUGUCACUGAUCAUUCCAAUGGCUAUUAAAGCCCCUUUGCCAACUCAUGACAACUCACAUCUCCCAAUAUCUAUCUAUUAUCCUUCCUUCUGUGAAAAAAAACUAAUAAAAAAAUCUGGUACUGUAAUAUUCAAUGGCAUGCAGUUGCAAGCUGAGAGCUGCUAGCUAUGGAUAAAAAUACAAGGAUACAAAACUAUAAGUUAUCAGUUCCCAAGAAGGGACACCACAGGCUUUAGGCCUUGACACUUUAAAUAAUACAUGGGAAGACAUAUGGGAUCACCAUACCAGUUGACGUAGGAGUUAACUUGCCUGCAAGAUAGCAAGGAAAAUUAAUGCUCACAGCUCCGCAAGGGGGUUGUUUAUCCAUUGAACAUUUGUGCCUUGACAGAUGUUAUUAAAAUACCAGGGACAUCAUUAAAAUACCAGGGAAUAUGAUUGCUAUUCAAAAGCCAGAUAAACUAUCAUGUUAAGAACAAAUUAUAGCCUGUAUUACAAUUUAACCUGAUUGUGUAGUAUAUACAUGCCUUCACACUAAUUGUAUAUUACCCUUAGACAGGGGUACCUAUAUAGUGAUUGGUUAGUUGUACUUGUAUGCUAUGCAAGAUGCCAACCUAAUCAAUAGUAACGUCCGAAUUUAGAUAAUUCUACACCUCAUAAUUGCUAAAUGUUAAAUUCCUGUAACUGAAUUCAAAACUUUAACUGACUCUGUAAUCCUUUGUUCCAGGUCUCCAUUGUGUUAGGUUCAGAUACUCUUUACACCUUGCUAUAGCAAGAAAUAAUGGCUGUUUUAAACACCCAGAAAAUCUCUGUCGACUCAGAGUCUGCAGGUAAGGGUCAGAGGAUAGCAUGGCAACUAUUAAAUCCUGGAAAUUCCUACAACAUUACCCAUGCCAACUAAACUAGUGUGGGUAAAACUCAGGAGUUAUGAAGAUAGUGUCUGUUAAAGAUCUCAAUAUUAGAAAAAAAACUGCUUUUACUGAUUUGAGAAUAAUGUCAAUAUACUGAAAUUCCUUCAACCAAUCCCUUAAUACCAACAAACAUUUCCAUUCAAUAAGCAGUUGGAACUAUCCAUCAAACUGUUCAUUUGUGAGACCCCCCAUUGUAAAAAUGGGAAAGCAGCACAAACCUCUAAUAAUUUUGUGUAAUGGGCACACUGAAAUACUUGCAGCUUUUUUUUCAUUCCUCACUUCUUUUUUAGGAAGUUCCUUGAAAACCCAAGCAAUCCCAAUUAAUUUAUGAACUGUUUAUGCAUAAGUGUACGUUUUCAAAAUCACAAAGGAUGCCUUAUCCUGUUCAAUGGGUGGCUUGCCUCUACCAAAGGAAUCUUGGGACCACAUCCAAAGGUGUACCUUACCUCUCCAAAAGGGAAAAGAUAUAAAACUUUCUUUCAGUCCUCACUCCACUCUCUUUUAAGGUACACAAUCUCCGUGCACCAUCCAAGCCAAAAUGAACACUACAUUCCAUUUAGUAAAGCACUUUCAUUCACAAGAACACGUUUUGAUUUUUUUGAUAAGGGAAUCAAGAUUUAUCUACACACUCAAGGUUCGAGACUCCAAAAUCCAAUUUCAAUGGAGGCAGCUGGUAACUUAAAUGGCUCGUUGAUCUGCUGAUCAGCCCCAAUCUGCCCCUUUGAAAAUGAGAAACACUUGAGUUCGAGGAAUGGACUUGAGAUUCCUGAUGUCUUCUGGCAUUUUUUUUUCCAACAAUUGGAAAAUAGAUUUUGGAAAUAACAUCGAGCUGAUGAAGUGUGAAAAGAAGAAUAAUUCCAAGCAGUGGUGGGAGUUGGUCAGUGAGGUGGGAGGAGUGGAUAGGUGGGAGAGAAGGCGGACAGGUCAUGGAGGCGGGGAUGAGGGGACGAAAUAGUCUUGGGAUGAGGCUGGCGGGUGGGGAGAUUUUGAGGGUGGCCAAGUCCACAUUGAGGCUAUUGAGUUGGAAGCUCCCGAGGCAGA